AGACCGUGCUUAUUAGAUGCCUGUGGAGCAUUUUGGAUACUACAUCGAUUGUCCCAUUUCCAAACGGAAACCAUUUCUGGACUGAUAGUUCGUGCUAAGUAGCCUAGCUAAGUGAAUAACCCAGGAGACUCUUUAUUGUCACCUACAAAUUCAUACUGAAUGUUUUGUUUGUCAUGAGUCCGGCCGGGUGCUCCCAUGUGAACGGUUAUAAGGUGGAUAAUUGGAAACAAAAUCUUCGAGUCAUAUACCAAUGCUUUGUUUGGAGUGGUACUGCUGAGACCAGGAGACGCAAGGUGCUUCAGAAUGAUGCAGGCUGGACAGAGCUGGCCAAGUCGUGCAUCUGUCACAUGUGUGGCGCCCACCUGAACCGACUCCAUUCUUGUCUUUACUGUGUCUUUUUCGGCUGUUUUACAAAGAAACACAUCCACGAACACGCAAAAAACAAAAGACACAAUCUAGCUAUAGACUUAUUGUAUGGUGGGAUAUAUUGUUUUGUGUGUCAAGACUACAUAUACGACAAAGACAUGGAACAGAUUGCCAAAGAGGAACAGAGGAAAGCUUGGAAAUUGCAAGGCAUCGGCGAGAAAUACACAACAUGGGAGCCAACCAAGAGGGAGCUAGAAUUAUUACGACACAAUCCAAAGAGAAGGAAAAUCACUACAAACUGUACCAUAGGUUUACGAGGGCUAAUAAACCUGGGCAACACAUGUUUCAUGAACUGUAUUGUUCAGGCGCUAACACACACACCGCUGCUGCGAGACUUUUUUCUCUCUGACAGACACAAGUGCGAGAUGCAAUCAAACUCCUGUCUGGUGUGUGAGAUGUCGCAGCUCUUUCAGGAGUUCUACUCGGGCCACCGUUCACCCCACAUUCCCUUCCGACUUCUGCACCUCGUGUGGACUCAUGCACGUCAUCUCGCAGGCUACGAGCAGCAAGAUGCCCAUGAGUUCCUUAUUGCAGCACUGGAUGUACUACAUCGGCACUGUAAAGGAGACACCAUCAGAGAUGACAAUGGGAAAAAGACCAACAAUCCAAAUCACUGUAAUUGCAUCAUAGACCAAAUCUUCACUGGAGGCCUGCAGUCGGAUGUUACCUGCCAAGUUUGCCAUGGCGUUUCCACGACGAUAGACCCAUUUUGGGACAUCAGUCUGGAUUUGCCAGGCUCAUCCACGCCUUUCUGGCCCCUCAGCCCCGGAGGGGAUGGCAGCACAGUAAAUGGCGAGAGCCACCUGUCAGGAUCCACCACACUCACAGACUGCCUGCGCAGGUUUACACGGCCUGAGCAUCUUGGAAGCAGUGCCAAAAUCAAGUGUGGUGGUUGCCAUAGUUACCAGGAGUCCACCAAACAGCUGACAAUGAAGAAGCUCCCCAUCGUAGCAUGUUUUCAUCUCAAACGGUUUGAACACUCUGCUAAACUGCGAAGGAAGAUUACUACGUACGUUUCCUUUCCUCUAGAGUUGGACAUGACACCCUUCAUGGCAUCCAGUAAAGAGAGCAGAAUGAAUGGGCAGUAUCAACAGUCAGUGGAAGUAUUAAACAAUGACAAUAAGUAUUCAUUGUUUGCCGUGGUCAACCACCAAGGCACGUUGGAGAGUGGUCACUACACCAGCUUCAUCCGUCAACACAAAGACCAGUGGUUCAAAUGUGAUGAUGCCAUCAUCACCAAGGCCAGCAUUAAGGAUGUACUUGAUAGUGAAGGGUAUCUCUUAUUCUAUCAUAAACAGUUCCUAGAGUAUGAGUAGUUUCUGUGACUACUAAACAUGAAGGGCCACUUCUUCAAAGGAGGGUGUCAAAGACUGGGGGGGGCAGGAUGAAGUGCAAACACACAAACCUACCUGAAACCUUUUGACCACCAGUCUGCUCCUCCAGCUGAGCAGGACAAAAAGACAUGUAAAGUCAUGCAAAAGAAAACAAACAAACUCAGAAUUUAAAAAAAAAGCACUGAGCUACUUCUUGGCAUCUACUUGACAAAACCGAACUAAGAAGAGAGCUGGUGGAGGAGUCGGCCGUCGUCGGUUCAGGCUUGAUCAGAGAGAAGAGCCCUCCCAUACACACACACACGCGCGCUCGCACUUCAACCUCUCAUUUCCUCUUCCUGCUGCAGUGGCGGAGUUCAGGCACGUGGAUUUUUCUUACAGUAUUCUUCCUCCCCCGUGCACCUCCCUAAAACACCUUACAGUUCUCUCCCAUGGUGCUCUCAUUUCAACUGAAGCAUUUAACUCGCUCGUGAUGGAGGACAGUAUGACAUCAUAUACAUCAAGGACCGAGUGCAAAAGAAAAAAUUAUAUAUAUACAUUAGUGUAUUAUGGACGUUAAAACAAGGACAUUUUAAAGGUAUGGUUAAGAUGCGUAUCACUUGUGAAAUUAGCUAUGAAAUACUGUAUACAUCUAUUUUUAAAGAGCAGUGAAACAUGGGAGAGCUUAGCGAAGCUGCCUUGGCCGCUUGCUGGGGAAUCGCUGCCAUGGAAACGAAACAGAUUUAUUUACACCGUUGAUUAUUUUCAUUUUAAAGUCUGGUUGAGGGCAGGGAAUAUCUAUUUUUUU